AUGAAUUUAUUUUCAUUCUUAAUCUCUUCAAUUUCUGUUUUCCAUCCUUUACCUUUUAUCACUUUCCAUUGUUUUCGUUCCCCCUCUCCUCCCCUUUAUUCUCUCUCAGUCUCUCUCUUUCUCGUACUUUCUCUUUCUCCCCCUCUCCUCCCCUUUAUUCUCUCUCAGUCUCUCUCUUUCUCGUACUUUCUUUCUCUCCCCCUCUCCUCCCCUUUAUUCUCUCUCAGUCUCUCUCUUUCUCGUACUUUCUUUCUCUCGCCCUCUCCUCCCCUUUAUUCUCUCUCAGUCUUUCUCGUACUUUCUUUUUCUCCCCCUCUCCUCCCCUUUAUUCUCUCUCAGUCUCUAUCUUUCUCGUACUUUCUUUUUCUCCCCCUCUCCUCCCCUUUAUUUUCUCUCACUCUCUCUCUCUUUCUCGUACUUUCUUUCUCUCGCCCUCUCUCCUCAAUUUCUUUUCAUUCUAGCGCAAUUAUCAUUUUCAUUUCCUUCUUUAUUUCGCCCCUACGAUUUUUUUUCUUUUCAUUCUUCCUUUCUUCGUUUUUUUCUUUUCACUCGUGUAUACCUUCUUUUUUUCCCUCUUCAAUCUCUUUGUUUCUUUUUUUCACACUUGUUUUCCCUCUUUUUCUCUCUCUUCAAUUUCUUUUCGUCCUUUUCUCAAUCCAGUCAAUUUAUUCUUUUCAUUCUUCCAGUCUUAUCAAUAUCUUUUCAUUCCUUUUAUUCUCUUCAAUUUCUUGUUCUCAUUCUUCCACUCGCAUUAGUCUAUUUUCUUUUGGUCUCUCUCUCUCUCUCUCUCUCUCUCCCUCUCUCUCUCUCUCUAUAUCUCUCUCUCUCUCCCUCUCUAAUUGUUCUCUUCUUCCUUUUCACUCGUCUUCUCUUGAUCCUGCAUCAACAUGCUCCACGGGUGGAGCAGUCUUUCUUUCUUGCUCAUUAAAUUUCUCUUUUCCCUUCUCAUUCUCUUCAAUUUUUUUCUUUUCAUCCUUUACGUCUUUUUCGUUUUUGUUUCUUUUCCUCCUUUUCUUCUUUUCAAAUUUCAUUAAAUUCUCUUUCUUAUUUCAAAUUCUUUUUUCUUCUUUUUCUUUCCUUCUCUUCAGUUUUUUUUUUUAA